AUGCGUCGCAUCCCACAGCGCGCAAGACUGGGGGUGCUUGAUGCACUAGCUUGCCAAGGGCAGAGGGCGGCAAUUAGGGAGCGGUUGGAGAAGUUUUGGGCUGGGGAGUGGCAGCAGCUGUUUGAGUUGGCGGUGGCGGCGAUGCAACCUGCGGCUCGCAACCUGCGGCUCGCCCCUUGUCCUUCACCCCACCCGAGCAUGAUCCUGAUGCACAUCGCUCAGCCCUCUCAGCACAUGGUGGACGCGCUACGAGCGAAACACCCAUCGUGCGAGACCGCCAUUCCUGGGUGGGUGCAGGAGGAGACAGUCGAGCCUUCCCUUAUCCCACAGCUCUCAGUGGAGGUCCUCGGUCAGGCGAUCCACUCAGCGGCUAGGGCGUCCGCACCAAGACUGUCGGGGUGGGUGACGGAGCACCUACGCGACACUUUUCUCACCGAGCCCGCGUACCUGCCCCAUCUGCUAGAGGCCUUCACCCAGUGGACCAAGGGAGAGGUAGCGGAGCGCGUGCGACCCUGGCUCACUGCGUCCAACCCGGUGGGCCUGUCGAAGCCGAAUGGUGACGUUCGCCCGGUGGCUAUAGGCGAGGUGCUCCCCCGCAUACUAUCUCGGGCCAUAUGCAUCGUGCUUCGUCCGAAGAUGAUGUCGCACUUUGCUCCGUGUAACCAGUUUGGAUUUGGGUCCAGGUCGGGAGUGGAAGUCCUCGCACAUGCCUUUCGCUCCGCCAUCUCUACUCACCCGUCGUGGUGUGCGCUGCAAAUUGACGUGGCGAACGCUUUCAACUCCUUCCAUCGGCGGGAAAUCGACCUCUAUCUCCGUGCGGGCCCUUUUGUCGAAGCUUUGGCCUCCGAGCGGGGCUCGAGGCAAGGGGACCCAUUGGGUCCGUUUCUGUUCGCGUUCACACAGCAGCUGGUUAUGGAACCAACCAAAACAGAGUUCGCCGACUUACUCUUCCUCAGCUAUGCUGAUGAUACGUAUAUCCUGGGGCCUAGGGAGCGGGUUUUAGCAGCCUAUGAGGCCUUGCGGGAACGAUUGGACGGGCUGGGUUUGGAGGUGCAGCCGCAUAAGUGUAAGCUAUGGGAGCGAGGGAGGAACCAGGAUGGGGAGGAGAGAAAUGAGACCGUCCCGCCCGGCAUGCAGCAGACAUGGACGGGGCUCACUGUGGUAGGGGUCCCCAUUGGGGAGGAGGACUGGGAGGUGGCUAGCCUGCGUCGCCGGCUGACGGAGCUGCAUGCACCUGUCCCCUGGCUUCCUCUGCUUGACCACCCACAGAUUGCGUCCCAUUUGCUGGCGAUCGCAGUGUCAGCGCGCCCGAUUUACCUCACACGGACGAUGCCUCCACGACCUGAGAUGGCUCGUUUACAGCUGCACCUUCCUGCCAGACUCGGAGGGUUUGGCAUUCGAUCUGCGGCUGACCUUAGUCCUCUGUCGUAUGCAUGUGGCUGGUGCCAAGCAGUGAGCGAUGUGGCUCGGUUGGGGGUGGCAGGUGAGGAGCGGAUGUUUGAGGAGUAUUUCCGAACGCUCAAGGCUACGACCUUGUUGGACCCCUGGUUUGCGAGAGCAGUGGAUCUGCUUCCACAGUCGGUCCGGCAGGAGAUGCCACCCCUUGCCUUGUGCACUGCUGACCCCCCUGUGCUGCUCUUCUCCACACAACACCGUCGCCUAGCGGUUGAGAGCCUUCAAUCUCUUCGAGGCAUGGCCCACAACGAUGCCACCUUGGCCCCCGAGUGGAGCAUCUGCGCGUCCAUGCGCUUAGGCCUCCCUAUACAGCAGCUGAUAGUGGCCGGCAAGUGCGCGUGUGGGUUUGAGUUUGCUGAUCCCUCUGACCCGCAUCAUGCCCUUCGCUGCAAGUAUCAGUAUGCACCUUCUCGUGUUCACGAUGCGGUUAAGUUUGUGGUGGCGAAGAUAGCUAAGGGUGCGGGUGGGAUUGUGACCAUGGAAGACGACACGUUGCUCCCAGGGAAGAGGGUUGAUGUGGCGGUUCGGAAACUGAGGGAGGGGGAGGAGCACGCGUUGGAGGUUAGUGUGGUAGACCCUAUCUCGCUAUCCGCGCAGCACCAUGGACAGAUUGGGCGCAAGGUGGGUUUUGCCACAUGGGGAUGCUUGGGGGGGAGUUUUGGACGGUGGCUUAAGAAGCAGGGUGACGCGCAGAUCGAGAUAGCAAAGACGAAAGGGGCGGCGCGAGCUACGGGAAAGGGUUUCUCGACUUAUUUGCUCGGUUCACUCAAAGCGGCCGUGGGUGUGGCUUUGCAGCGGGCUCAGGCGCGUGUGAUCUUGUUACGCGCGGCGUCGAUGAUGAGAGGUCCAGAGGCUGUUUGGGUGGAGCGGGAGGAUGUUGAGGAGGAGAUGGGAUGGGAUGCUCCGUGGGCGGAUGCACCCUACUUGGUAGACAUGCGGGUUUAG